AUGUCUAGGCAAGACAAGGCGACUACGGAGCGCAACGCGCGCAUCCUCCGCGACCUCGUCAAGCAGCCCGACAACAAGAAUUGUGCCGACUGCCGGAAGAAUGACGCGCGCUGGGCCUCCUGGAACCUCGGCGUGUUUGUCUGUAUCCGCUGCUCGGGUAUCCACCGCGCGAUGGGCACGCACAUUUCGAAGGUUAAGAGCAUCGACCUAGAUAUCUGGACGCCCGAGCAGAUGGACAAGUGGGGCAACACGCGCGCCAACGCGUACUGGGAGCGCCACCUCAAGGCCGGCCACGUCCCGCCCGACCACAAAAUCGAGUCGUUCAUUCGGAGCAAGUACGAGAGUCGCCGGUGGGCUAUGGAGGGCCCGCCGCCCGCCGAUCCGAGCGUGCUAGACGGUGCCGGGCCGAGCGGCACAGCCUCCCCUCCAGCCGCGCACCCCGCGGCUCGUCCACAGGCUCCCGCGCAGGCGCGGCCGACUCCGACCGUGUCGGCUCCCGCACCUCGACAGGGUGGUGCGCACCCACUCCUCUCGCGCCAGUCGCGUUCCCAACCCACUGCGGCCCCAGCACCUGCUCCUCUACUGAACUUCCUCGACGAUGGACCGUCUGGACAUGCCUCAGCGUCAAAGGCUACCUCCCCUCCCGCCGCUGCUCCUGCCGCCCGACCUGCUCAGCCUGCUACGACGGCAGCCAAAGCUGCCGCUCCGACGGCCGCGCCUCAGUCGAACAUCUUUGAUCUCGACUUCAAAGCGCCAUCCCCGCCUGCGCAGAAGCAACAGUCGUCGAAGAACGACAUCAUGAGCCUGUUCUCCCAGCCGCAACAGCAGCAGCAGCAGGGAAACUUCUUCAACCAGAACCAGAGCUCACAGUUUGGCUCGUGGAACGGUGGGGGCACCAGCACCCAGCCGCCGACAGGACAGGCGACCGCUGCGCCCGUGCCGACAUGGGGAGGCGGUUUUGGAGACCAGGCGGCGUGGGGUGCUUCUCAGCAGCAGGCUCAGCAGCAGCAGGGAUGGGGCCAGCCGCCGCAGGCUCAGCAGCAGCCGCAGCAGGGGUGGGGUCAGAACACUACCGCCAGUGCCAACACCUGGGGAUCUGACCCGUGGGCCCAGCCUGCUCAGCCUGCUCAGGCCCAACCUACUCCGAAGAAGGACGACCGCGACCCAUUCGCUAACAUUUGGGGCUAG